UUUGGUUUCCUUUGGGGUCCGCACUGCGGCGUUUCUGGACGCGGGCGGUGCAUGUAGGGCCCUGCGGUGCGAGCGGGAGUGAACGCCGGGGCUCCUCAGCAUGGCUGCAGCACCUCAGGCCCCUGCCCGGGGCUCCGUGCGAAAGUCCCGGCCGUUAACAGUGAAGACAUCGCUGACUAACCCUUAUGCCAUGUCCUGGGCAGCCCUGGACCAGGAAGAUACUCUCUAUAUCUUGCAGACCCUGGAGGACCGACUUAAGGGCCUGGGCCUGCUCAAGGUGGAGGACAAGAGGCGGAAGAGGAAGCAGGCAAGCUGUGAACCACAGGGCACUGACCGGCAGUCGUCGGGCUGGACACCACCCCACGUCCGGCAGCAACUGGCUAUCGGCGUCAAUGAGGUGACCCGCGCGCUGGAGCGGGCUGAGCUGCUGCUGGCACUGGUGUGCGGGUCCCCAAAACCCGAGCGCAUCACCGCACAUCUCAUCCAGCUCAGUGUUAGCCGAGCCAUCCCCGCUGCCCAGGUCCCCCGGCUCAGCCAGAGGCUGGCCGCAGCCAUUGGCCUCAAGUGCGUCCUGGCCCUGGGCUUCCGGAGGUCCAGCCCUGACUUCACUGAGCAAGUGAAGGCCAUUAUUCCCAGGCUUCCCCCCUUAACGGUGCCCUGGCUUCCUGGUCCGCUGGAAGGCGCCCAGGAGAACGUGGACACAGCAUCUGGGGAGAGUGUAGAUAAAGAUGGCAAGGCCGGGGUACAGGAGGACCCCUCAACACUGAAGAGGAAACUCCCGGAGAGCCCACAGGCCAUAUUGUUGCAGCCCCUCCAAAUCAAGAAGGUCGUUCCCAACCCGAACAAGAUCAGGAAGCCCCCCAAAAGCAAAAAGGCAGCUUUGAAGUGAGCUGGGGCCAGCCUGUCCUUUCCUGAAGCUAUCCUGUGGCACUGCGCAGAAGGAAGUCCUGCAGCGAAUGAAAGGAAUGUCCAGAGUC